AUGGGGGCUGGGGCCAGCGCCGAGGAGAAGCACUCUCGGGAGCUGGAGAAGAAGCUGAAAGAGGAUGCUGAGAAGGACGCCCGGACCGUGAAGCUGCUGCUUCUGGGUGCCGGCGAGUCCGGGAAGAGCACCAUCGUCAAGCAGAUGAAGAUCAUCCACCAGGACGGGUACUCGCUGGAGGAGUGCCUGGAGUUCAUCGCCAUCAUCUACGGCAACACGCUGCAGUCCAUCCUGGCCAUCGUGCGCGCCAUGACCACGCUCAACAUCCAGUACGGAGACUCCGCGCGCCAGGAUGACGCCCGGAAGCUGGUGCACAUGGCAGACACCAUCGAGGAGGGCACGAUGCCCAAGGAGAUGUCGGACAUCAUCCAGCGGCUGUGGGAGGACGCGGGCAUCCAGGCCUGCUUCGAGCGCGCCUCGGAGUACCAGCUCAACGACUCGGCGGGCUACUACCUCUCCGACCUGGCGCGCCUGGUGACCCCGGGCUACGUGCCCACCGAACAGGACGUGCUGCGCUCGCGUGUCAAGACCACCGGCAUCAUCGAGACCCAGUUCUCCUUCAAGGACCUCAACUUCCGGAUGUUCGACGUGGGCGGGCAGCGCUCGGAGCGCAAGAAGUGGAUCCACUGUUUCGAGGGCGUGACGUGCAUCAUCUUCAUCGCGGCGCUGAGCGCCUACGACAUGGUGCUGGUGGAGGACGACGAGGUGAACCGCAUGCACGAGAGCCUGCACCUGUUCAACAGCAUCUGCAACCACCGCUACUUCGCCACCACGUCCAUCGUCCUCUUCCUCAACAAGAAGGACGUGUUCUCCGAGAAGAUCAAGAAGGCGCACCUGAGCAUCUGCUUCCCCGACUACGACGGGCCCAACACGUACGAGGACGCGGGCAACUACAUCAAAGUGCAGUUCCUGGAGCUCAACAUGCGACGCGACGUGAAGGAGAUCUACUCCCACAUGACGUGCGCCACCGACACGCAGAACGUCAAGUUCGUCUUCGAUGCUGUCACCGACAUCAUCAUCAAGGAGAACCUCAAAGACUGCGGCCUCUUCUGA